AUGGAAGAUACAUCAUUUCUCAAUAAAAUGUUUCUCCAGCUUCGCUCGACUUGCAAAAGUUAUUACACACAACAUCUUGAUCGGAUGCUCGAGGAAGCUGCUGUUGAGUUCUAUCCCACCAUCAAAUUUAUGCGUAUUGAGUGCCCCAAGUAUCCCGGAUUCUGCAUAACUCGCCAGAAAAGCGUGUAUCCAUUCAUUGAAAUAUUUCAUAGCCCAAAACAA